CACUAGUUUGCAAGACUAAUUGGUAGGAGAAAAACGUAAAAAGAAUGAAACGUUUCAUCACCUCCAUAGCCAUUGGUUUUGCCGUGAUGCUACUUGCAUCUGCCGAAGUCAAGUGUCCAGAAACAUCGGAUGAUUCCGUCUACUUUCCUCAUGAGGCAGAAUGUGGAAAAUUUUACGAGUGUGCGGGCCGAUCACUCGUAUUAUUUGAAUGUCCGCCAGGAACCUACUUUGACACCCGACUGAACAUUUGUAACUGGAAUGUGGAUUGCGGAAAUCUGUUGACAUCCACUGUUCCACCGACUACUCCUGCAAAGGAAGAGAAUGAGGAAUAACAUGUACUGCCAUUUCUACUUCGAUUUUGAUUUUUGUGAUGAAAUAAAUUUAUAAGUACUUA